AAGAUAUACGCAGCAGUUGUGUACGAUUCGACCAGACGGGUCUGGCAGCACGCUGAUGUAUUUACCUGAAUUUACCUGAUUAUUGUAAAGUAUCAACGAGUCAGCUAGUAUUUAGCCACUGGCAGAGCAGCGCUUGGUAUCAGGCCGUCGUAGAGUAAACUUGGCAAGAUGAAACUCGACACUCCACCACCUUCCCCCGAGUCUUCAUAUGAGGGAGAGAGAGACGAUGUGAUUGAUAUUGGUGAUAUAGAGGAGGUGAUAGAGCUUGAUGACGACACAAACUUGGAGGAGGUUGCUGAUAGGCUGGUGGCUGCUGGUGGAGAGGACGAGGACGAUGAAGAAAGUAUGGAUGAAGACACGGGAAAUAUAACGGAUAUGGCUGCCCUUGUUUUCUCCAAGCACAAAGGCUCGGUAUUCAGUUGUUCCGUAUCAUGUAGUGGGAACAUAGCAGCCACAGGGGGUGAGGAUGACUUGGCAUAUGUAUGGGAUAUAAACUCAGGCAAUGUGCUAUUGACUUGCACAGGCCACAAGGACAGUGUGACAUGUGUCGAGUUCAGUCAUGAUGGGUCCUUGCUAGCAACGGGGGAUAUGAAUGGAUACAUUCAAGUCUGGAAAAUAGCAACAUUGACCAAGAUUUGGGAGUUUGAGACUGGAGACCUUUGUUGGUUAACAUGGCACCAUGCUUCACACGUGUUGCUGGCAGGGACUGUGGACGGAGAGACAUGGAUGUGGCUAGUGCCUCAGGGUAAUGCUCGCACCUUCCCUAGCUAUGGUGUAACCUCCCAGUGUGGUGCACUGCUUCAGGAUGGGAAGCGGUCGGUGACUGGUUAUGAAGAUGGUUCUUUGCGUGUAUUUGACCUGAAGACUGGACAGCUGCUUCAUGAGUUAAGUGGUGGCUUGGCACACGAUGCUCCUAUUACCAGCCUUGACGUGCAUAAGGACAACACUCUUGUUAUAUCAGGCUCCAUGGAUGGCACAGCAAAACUAUACAAUGCUAAUAAUGGAAAGCUUGUUGGCACUCUCAAUUGUGAAGUAGCUCCAAAUUCUGACGAAAACAGUGUAGAGGUUGAUCAUACAGUGGAGGCCGUCAGUUUUUGUCCAGUGAUGCCCAGUAUUGCAGUCACUGCCACGUUAUCUGGAUAUGUUACCUUUUGGGAUGUUGCUUCACAGGUCACACGACAUAUCGUAGCUCAAGGUUGUGGAUCAUCUCAGCUACUCUGGCACGCAAGUGAGCCAAUUUUGUUCUCUGCUGGGCUCGAUGGUGCUGUGCGUUCCUAUGAUGUGCGAUCAGGAGACCCUCUUGCCAAGUAUACAGGACAUAAGAGUAGUAUACUAGCAUUUGGUAUCUGCAAGGAUGGUUCUGCACUUGUCACAGCGUCAGAUGACGGCACAGCCCGAGUUUUUAAAUUAUGAUUAUUUGUAAUAAUAAAAAUUAGAUUUUU